ACUGAAGGCCCUACUUGCGAUUUACAGUGAGACAAAGAAGAGGAGACAACCAUCCCCAAAUUCCUCUUUCUCUAUUUCAUCUCUAUAAUUCAAUCAUGCCAUCAGGUGCUAAGAAGCGAAAAGCUGCCAAGAAGAAGAAGGAGGUUAAUAACUCAUCCACAACUAACCCUCAUCAGGGGGAGAAUGAGGUUUCACAGGACAACCAAAACGCUCAAGAUCCAUCGGUAGAGGUGGAGAACAGAGCAGACGAUUCAUCCGAAAUCAAAUCUAAGGACGCAAACGGGGAAGAAACUAAUAUUGAGAUUGAAACAGGUGAGAAACCCAAGAGCUCAAAUGGUAGUACUUCGAGUUCUAGCGAUAAUUCAGAUGAGGAUUCAAAUGAGAAGAAAGAAGUUGUUCUUGAACCUGAAGCUGAACCGACAACUGAUAAAGCUGAAGAGCUGGAGAUUCCCCCCAUUGUGGAUCCAGUUGAUGAAACCAAAGCUCCAGUAGUUGAAUCUUCGCCUGAAACAAUACCUGAUGAAGUUGUAGAACCUGAGGUUUCCCCCAUUGUUGAACCAGUUAACCCUGUCGAUCCUUCAUUACAAGAGGCAGUAAAAGUGUAUGAUGAAACAAAGAACCAAGAGAGACAAGAAUUAGUUGCGCCUGAAACUCCUGAAGCUGUAGAAGAACAGAUUACCAUUAGUGAAGAUGCUUUGAAGGAUGAAAUCCCAAUUUCUAGUGUAGAUGAAUCAGUUUCAAAAGAUGUUGUCGAAUUGUCUACAAAAGAUCAUGCAGAUACAAUUGAGCACUCUGAUAGACACCUAAAACAGGCAGUUGUAGAUCCACCUCCAAUUUCACUAGAAGAGAGAAAAUUGACUUCAUGGACAAAUUGCUGUGGAAUGUUUGAGGUGUUUGCAGGGUCACAGAGAAAAUUGAUCAUAUAAAAAGGCAUGGAGUUGCUAGUCAUUUCAUGAAUCUUGUUCAAACUACAAAACAUAGGUUUUGUUCCCGAAGAAGAGAGCUUCACCAAAUUCUGUUCACUGUUUACUGUGUUUUUAUUAUUAUUAUUUUUUUCUUUUUCUCUCAUGACACAAAAUAGUAUAUUUUUUUCUUUUUUCAGUUUUAUUUUUGUGGGUGUGUUGUUAUGGAGCUAUUUUUUUUUUUUUUUUUGUGUG